GCUGCCUGUUGAUCUUUGCUUGGAGGCUUCUUUGGGUGUGUCGGCCUAGGUGUGUCAUCCACUCAUUAACGUUCCCCUUUACGCAGUGAGAGCGCAAGUGGAAGAACAGACCGUGUGACAGAUCCGACGAGUAGACGUCUGUCACUGCGAACGACCGACUCUAAGCGGAUUCUUCCUCCUUCUUCGGACCAAGUCCGGCAGAAUUUUGACCAGAAUAUGGCGAAAGUUUUUAUUUCGCUCAUCUGCGUAUGGGUGAUCGCCUGCGGUGUCGAGACGUGUUUUCUCCCCAGCUCUCUCUACGUGCCUGUCCCGGAGACAAUUCCGGUGGGAUACCAAGUCACAAAAGUUCACGCCGCCGCCUGUGACGACAAUUCGGUGCAGUUUCGUGUACAGGACACACGUUUUAGGAUAGAUAGCGAUGGGACCGUAGUAGCUUUGGCUCCUGUGUCGAUGGCUACAGGAGGGCGGACAUUUUCUGUGUGGGUGCAGGACAAGAAUGGAGCGGAAAGUGAGAUGGAAGUGCACCUUGUGCGCAGGAAGGCAGGUCAAGGCAUACUGAAGCGCAUCAAAAGACGCUGGAGUCCCCCACCCCUCCACAUGCUGGAAAAUGUCCAGGGGCCAUUUCCAUAUGAGCUGGAAAAGAUUGUUUCAGAUUCGGCAGCCAAGUUCGACGUUUACUACACCAUCAGUGGGCCCGGAGUGGACAAGCAUCCAACUGGACUGUUCAGCAUUGAACGCAACACCGGGAGGUUGAGUGUGCACAGAGCAGUGGAUCGUGAGGAGUUCCCACACUUUGAAGUGUUAGUCAGAGUUUUUGACAGAUUGACAAAUCGGGAGACGGACAUCCCCCUGAACUUCACCAUCCUUGUUGAUGAUGUCAACGACAAUGCCCCACAAUUUCAAGAGUUGCUUAAGUUCACUGUGCCCGAAUCCUUUGCAGGACAAGUGGUGGGGAAAGUUCUUGCCACAGACAGAGACGACCCGUGCACCGACCACGUCAGGAUCAAGUACACUCUCUUGUCUGAAACAAACCUGUUUUCCAUUGACGGAGAAACAGGUGUUAUCACCACAAAUAACGCCAAUCUGGACAGAGAGGUGAAAGACAAGUAUCUCGUCAUUGUAAAAAUCCAAGAUAAGUUGGGUGCCCCGAAUGGUCUGUCCAACACAGCAACAGCAACAAUUACUCUGAGCGAUAUCAACGACAACCCACCGACUUUCAGAGAAACUUCGUACAAAGCAACUGUGGAAGAAAACCAAAUAGAAAAACUGAUCCUUCGGAUUCCAGUUGAUGAUAAAGAUCAAAUCAACACGCCAAACUGGAUUUCUAAAUUUGUCAUCACCAAAGGAAAUGAAACCGGAAACUUCAGGAUUGACACCGACCCCAGCACAAAUGAGGGCCUUCUGUACGUCGUGAAGCCCUUAGAUUUCGAGCAGAGCCCGAAGAUAAAUCUGGAGAUUUCGGCGCGUAAUGAAGCAGAGCUGAAUGGCACCUCGGCCACGUGGGCGUCCAUCCCUGUGGAAGUCACGGUUACCAACGUCGACGAGGGCCCAGAAUUCACUGCCCCUAUUGUGUACUUCAAGGUCAAAGAGAACACACCUAACGGCACCCUGAUAGGAACUUACAAAGCCAUUGAUCCUGAGACCAAGAGCAGCAAUGGAAUCAAGUAUUACAAGGACAAAGACCCAGCGUCUUGGGUCACAAUCGACCGAGCCAACGGAGACAUAAAGGUUGCAAACACAAUUGACAGAGAGUCAAACUUCGUAAAGAAUGGACUUUACAAUGUCACCGUGAAGGCUACCGAUGGCAGCAAGACAGGAACGGGAACAGUUGUCAUUCAAGUGGAGGAUGUGAACGACAACAAGCCACAGGUAGGGCCCGGAGAGCUGGUGAUCUGUGAGGAAGACGGAGCAAGUGGCUCUGUGAUAGUGGCGGCAGAAGACAAAGACCAGCAUCCAAAUGCGUUCGACUUCACCUUUGCGUUGGCAGAGGAAGACGAGGACAAAUGGAGUUUGGAGUAUUUGAACGGGACGGCAAGGCUUUUGAAGCAGAAGACAGCUCUUCCUAGAGGGCUGUAUGAGGUUCCCAUAACCAUCAACGAUCUGCAAGGCUUUGGUGGCGUACAGACGGUGACAGUAAGGAUCUGCCAGUGCAGGGGUGGCGUGUGCCUGGCCCAGCAAAACUCUGUGACGUUGGGGCCAUAUGGGAUACUGACUUUGCUGUUGCCUCUGGCCCUCCUCCUACUGCUCUUUUUACUGCUUGCAUUCUUCUGCUCAACAAAGAUGGGCGGCAUGACAAUUGAUGAAGGAGACAGUGGUGGAACCCUGCUCAAAUCAAACACUGAGGCACCAGGGGAUGAAGUGGAUGCAAGUCUCAUCAAAGUUCCACCUUUUGGGAAUGAACAGACUGUAAAGGGCUCAGUGAAGGGUUCUAUGGUGGAUGCAGGAUGGCUGGGAAACAAGAGCAUGAGCACGAUCGGAGUCCAGGGCACACACGAGACCGACAUGUACAAGAGUGGCAUCACCACAUCUAAUAUGCAUGACUACUACUCUUCCCAGUAUGGUAACCAGUUAAACAUGCAAGGAAACCAGUUUGUCGGUGGCGGCAUGGGUGUGGACAGCAAGUACCUCACCCAGGAUUCAUCCGCUCUAAAGACCUGGCAAACAAAUGGCCGCUGUCUAAACCAGAAGCUGGGCUACAUGGCGACUGCAGGGGACGGGCGAUACGCCGACGACAUCGUACACGCCUACGGGUACGAGGGAGCGGGCAGCGCAGCCGGCUCCGUGGGAUGCUGCAGCGACUACGACGACAACGAAAACCUUGACUUUCUAAACACGCUCGGACCAAAGUUCAGAAACCUCGCAGACGUGUGCAAAAAGACAUGAACAGCGUGAGCUCCUGGUGAUCGCUCCACUUGGUGAUCGCUUUACAUUUUCCUGCGCAGGUUUUACACGCCAGGAAUGAGAAUGCUUGGUUUGCCCGCCGCACAUGAAUGAGAAAAGAACAAGAGGGUGUCGUCAGUGUGUGUCUGUGCGCGCCGCUCUGCUAUUGCUUUUUCCGUUGUGUUUUAAUUUUUUAAUUUUAAUUAUUUUUUUUUUGUUUUGUUUUUCUUUUGGUAAAAGUCUUUUGCACUGAAACGAUGCAGAUUGUUGUACAUACUUUGCAAUGCAUAGUACUUAGUGUUUCUUAACUCGUCUGUCUUUGAAGUUUUACCUUUUGAUGUAAGAAGUGCUGGCCUUGGUAGGGUUAUCAGUUUGGGUAUUUUGGUUUUUAUGCAUUACCUGUGUUCGUAGAGUUUAUUGAUGCAUUUUUGAAAUUGUGUGGUGGAUUUAAGCCGACUGAUAUAUAUAUAUAUAUAUAUAAAUAUAUAUAUAUAUAUAUAUAUAUAAUUAUAUAUAUAUAUAUAUAUAUAAAAUUUAUAUAUAUAUAUAUAUAUAUAUAAAUGUAUAUAUAUAUAUAUAUAUAUAUAAACAUUUAUAUAUAUAUAUAUAUAAACACAUAUUUAUAUAUAUAUAAAGAAAGUGAGAAAACAUACGACUGUUAUGCAACUACUUUUGUUAAUAUUUCACAUGAAAUAAAAUUACAUGACAUAACAA